AUGAAUCCUGAAGAACUUGCACAAUAUCAAUAUCAACUUGACCAAGUCAAUCUUGCUUUAAAAAGUGAACCUGAAAGUUCAGAACUCUUGAAACUUAAAACGGAUCUAACAGAAUUAAUUAAUCUUACUACUACCAUUAUUGAUCAAGAGGUAACACUUUCACCUUCUAAAAGGUCAGCUUCAUCGGUUUCACCUAGGAACAAUUCAACGCCAACUACACCAACUUUAACUUCUCUACCAACUUUUACAAAACCACUUCAAGUCGGAGAUUCUUGUCUGGCGCGCUGGUCUGGCGAUGGACAGUUUUAUCAAGCUCAAAUAACAGCUAUCGGUGGUGGUAAUCAAGUUUUUUCGGUUGUUUUUAAAGGUUAUAACAAUAUUGAACUUGUUAAUAAAGUUAAUGAACAAAAUCUGAAACAAAAGUCUUGGCUUGCUUUUGCAAGUGGUUCAGCCACGGCUCCUGGCAAGAGAACAACGAAAGCAAAAAGGCUGGUACAACCACCAAUAAACAAGAAGAGUAUCUUUGCUACUCCAGAAAAUCCGGAAGGCAAAGUCGGCGUGGUCGGUAGCGGUAAACCAAUGACACAAUUCCAACAACGUGGUAAACAUAUAUUUGACCGCGAUUAA